GCCUCCUGAUCCAACAAGAGCAUAUGGUGUUUUUCACAAAAGAAAGAGAGACCAUUCCCUUGACUUUGAACUUCGCCUAUUGAACCCCUGAACAGAGCCAAGGUUGCCACGGGACCACCUGUGCUGAAUGCACUUUGUCCUACUAAGAACAGAGCCAGAGAAAACUGAGAAGCGGUGUACCUGCCACUACCUGGGAUUAAUUCAGGGAACAAGAGUACUCCGGAUAUGACUGGUAAAAACUGGAUAUUAAUUGCCACCACUACUCCCCAAAGUCUGGAAGAUGAAAUUGUGGGAAGACUUCUAAAAAUUUUGUUUGUGAUCUUUGUUGACUUAAUGUCUAUUAUGUAUGUUGUUAUAACUUCUUAGAAAGUUUCUUCGCUUCAUAUGCAAAUUUCAAAUCGAAUUUCAGUGAAUAAAAAUUUGCAUUUUAAUAUGU